AUGACACUAGCGGUGGUCCUUGUUUUGUUCUUUAUCAAAACGUACUACGCAAUCUACGCAACCCAUAGAUUUGCUCCUCUUUUAGAUAUUAUAUCCAAUGAUCUGAUCAAAGCUAAUGAUAUGGAAGAAGAGUACCAGCGUUUAUUCGAUUCACAUAUAAAAGAAGGAAAAGUUGGUGAGAUUGCAUGGCUGUUUAUUCCAGUAAUGAUGAGCAUACAGUUUCCCUUCUAUGCAGGGUUAUUAAUGAGUAUUGAGAGCAUACAAACAGAUGAUUACGAAAGGCGUAUGGUACACGAUAUGGAACUGAUAUAUGUGCGAGAUAUUCAAAGUGAAGCACCUUUUUUUCAUUGUAUGUUUGCUUACAAUUGUGUACAGUGCGUCGUUCUUGUGCCUAAUUUUGGAUUGGAUGGUUCAUUCUGCAUAGUAACUACUCAUUUGCGCCUGAAGCUCAAACUUAUAACUCUGAAAGUAGAAAAGGCAUUUAAUACCUCACGCAACGUAUACGAACUAAGAAGAAAAAUGCGGGAAGCAAUCCAAGAUCACCAAGAGGCAUUUGAGUUUUAUGUUAAGGCUCAGUACAUGUAUGGAACCUGGUUACUAGUUGUUUUCAUGCUGACCUCUUUUUUAAUAUCAUUCAGUUUAUAUCAGAUACAUUUACUGCAGAGAAUUGACCCGAAAUACACGUCAUUCAUGAUGGUCGGUGUCUUCCACAUUUAUUUACCAUGCUACUAUGUCAGCACCUUGACUAAGGUCGGCGAAGAUGUUCCGGAUGACCUUUACAGUGUUUGUUGGGAAGAUUGGGCUGAUCCCGUCUGCACUAAUUUACUUAUAUUCAUGAUAUGCAGGUCACAAAAACCUCUGAUCUUGACGGGAAAUGGCUUAGUUGUAUACAAUAUGGAACUCUUUAAAUCUAUUAUGCAGACUUCUUACUCGUUCUUCACUUUAAUUACAGCAUAA